AUGGCCGCGUUCAUCCAACAAACAUUAGAGAAAGUACCCGGUGUCGACCCUCGGCCCCUUCAACGAUCACAGUUCUUCUCGGGCCUUAACGAAGGUCCAGCUGCUACUGCCUCUCGAAUCGCUGGUCUAGUCUCAGAAAGCCAUGCGCAAGAUAACUCACCAUACUAUACUUCAAACUUUGGACAACUCUUACCUGAUUCAGGUCAUCCGUUGAAUGUCGGUGGGAUCCCAUAUCAAGGUGAUGCGUUGCUUCUUGAGAAACAACAGGCAUUCGAUAGAUCAAAAUUACAAGAGAGGAUCGUUCAUCCUGCCGGAUGGGCAGCUUUCGGUAAAUUCACUGUGACCAAGGACGUAUCAAAGUUCACCAAAGCAAGUUUCCUCAGCAGCGUAGGAAAAUCUACCCCGAUCUUCUGUCGAUUGAGUACUGUCACCUAUGGUAGAGAAUAUCCUGAUGCGGCUCGUAACCCGAGAGGGUUCGCUGUGAAAUUCUAUACCGAUGAAGGAAAUUACGAUAUGGUUGGACUCAAUUGGCCUGUCUUUUUCGUUCGAGAUCCUUUCCAAGGUCCUGAUAAUAUCAGAUCGCAACAAAGAAAUCCUCAAAACUUCUUAUUGGAUUUUAACGCGUGGUUCGAUUUCCUCGCAAAUGUACCAGAAUCCCAACAUGCUGGUAUGAUGUUACUUUCCGACCAUGCCACUCCAGAUGGUAAUCAUUUCUCUGCUUAUGGAUGUCAUACUUUCAAAUGGGUUAACGCUGAAGGAAGCUUCGUCUAUGUCAAGUACCAUUUCCGUCCUCAUCAUGGGGCUAAACAAUUCGACUUCGACCAAACUCUCAUGACUCAAGGUGUUGAUCCCGAUUACUCUAAACGACAACUCUACGAGACACUCAAGAACGGUGGCACAUACAAAUGGACCAUGAUGAUACAAGUCAUGACCCCUGAGGAAGCCUCGCAAACCAACUUCGAUCCAUUCGACGUUACCAAGAUCUGGCCUCGAGGACAAUUCCCAAUGCAAGAAGUAGGCGAGAUUGAAUUGAACAGAAAUCCAGAAGACUACCAUCGAGAUGUCGAGCAAGCUGCCUUCUCCCCCGGUUCGUUGGUCCCCGGUAUUGAACUUUCACCAGAUACUCUGCUCAACUGGCGAGCUUUCUUCUAUCGAGACGCUCAGUACACUCGACUGCAAAGUGCCAACAUCCACCAGAUUCCCGUCAACUGUCCUUUCCUUUCGAAAUUCCACUCGCCCGACAAUUACUGGGGAUCCAUGCGAGUCGAUGGUGACGCAGCGAGAAAGCCUACCUACUUCCCUAACAGUUAUCAGUCCACUAAUCCCAGCUCUCGAGCACCAACGUUCGCUGGCAAGUCCGUUGCGGAGGUUCCACACCAAGCUGCGUCGAACAUCGUCUCAAGACAAAGUCACUGGCAACAUGAAGGUGAACCUACAGAGUACGAUCAAGUUAGAGAACUCUAUACUAGAGUUAUGACUGAUACUCAAAGAGAACAUCUUCAUUCUAAUACUGCCAAGUUGCUCAAAUUCGCCGAUACCAUUGUCCAACAUAAGUAUCUGGUUCAACAAUGUGCUAUAUCCCCUCGAUACGCUCAAGCAAUCUACGAUCUCCUCCCUGCUGAUCAACAAUCUAAACUUGAUAUCGAAAAGAUUGGACAAGAAGCUUCCACAGCUCAUUUAGUAGGUAAGGAUUUAAGCUUCAAGAGCAAAGAUGGAAGAAGUUUCAUGGGGAUGCCAAUCCCCCAUGCCAACUAG